CUAAUCCCGCCUCCCUUCUUCUCACUCCUCGAAUCCCUCAUUCUUGCACGUUUUGUGACUGCCUCAUUCUCACACUCCCGUCUGGCUGAAGUAUAAUGGCAUCCAGCUCCAGCUUGAGUCCACAUGACACCAAGACGAGCUCGGUUCAUGAUGAGCCUGUGAAGGCGAGCCACUACACCACUGAGACGGGGAUCAUCGAGGAUGUCGUCCGGGUCACAGAUCACCAGGCAGAGAGGCAGCUGUGUCGGAAAUUUGACCUGCGUUUACUGCCAGUAUUGGCUUUGAUGUAUCUUUUCAAUGCGUUGGACAAAGGCAACCUCAGUAACGCCGAAACGGAUGGCAUGAGUACGGACCUGCACUUCAAGCCGAAUCAGUACAACUUGCUGCUCUCCAUCUUUUACGUACCUUAUGUCAUCUUCGCGCCGCCCUUUGCCAUGCUGGGCAAGCGCUUUAGCCCAGCCCGGGUCCUGCCCGUCCUCAUGUUCAGCUUCGGCUCGUUUACGCUGCUCUCCUCCGCAGCCAGAAACUUCGGCGGCAUGUUCACGCUGCGCUGGUUCCUGGGAAUGUCCGAAGCGGCUUUCUUCCCUCUGGUCAUCUACUACCUGACAACCUUCUACCGCCGCGGCGAGCUCGCCCGCCGCCUCGCCAUCUUCUACGCCGCCUCGAACAUUGCGAACGCCUUCUCGGGGCUCAUCGCGUUCGGCGUCUUCCAGAUCAAGAACUCGACCAUCCCGAACUGGCGGUACCUCUUCAUCAUCGAAGGCAGCGUGACGGUCCUCUUCUCCUGCUUCGCAUUCUGGUACCUCCCACGCUCCGCCAGCGAAGCCACGUUCCUGAGUCCCGACGAGAAAGCACUGGCCUAUCACCGCAUCCAGGUCGACUCGUCCGCCGUCGUGAACGAAGCCUUCAACCUCCGCGACGCGCUGCAGAUCUUCCGGCACCCGUCAACCUACGCCUUCCUCGGUAUCGAAAUCUGCCUGGGCGUCCCCCUGCAGGGUGUCUCCCUCUUCAUGCCGCAGAUCAUCCAGCGCCUCGGCUACUCCACCGUGAAGACUAACCUCUACACGGUGGCCCCGAACGUGACGGGCGCCGCGAUGCUGCUCGUGCUGGCCUUCGCGUCCGACGCCGCCCGCCUGCGCUCCCCCUUCAUCGUGCUGGGGUUCCUGCUCACUUUCACGGGCUUCAUGAUCUACGCCUCCAUCACCGACGUCGAGGCCCAGAUCCACGUGGCCUACUUCGCCACCUUCAUGAUGACCUGGGGCACCUCCGCCCCCAGCGUCCUGCUCAGCACCUGGUACAACAACAACGUCGCCCACGAGGGCCGCCGCGUCCUGCUCACCAGCAUCGGCGUGCCCUUGGCCAACCUGAUGGGGCUGGUCGCCAGCAACGUCUUCCGCGCCCAGGACAAGCCCAAGUACAUGCCGGCGCUGGUCACCAUCGCGGCGUUCGGGGCGACGGGCGCCGUCCUGGCGGCGGCGCUGGGCAUCUUCAUGUGGGUGGACAAUCGCCGCCGCGACGCCCGCGAGGGCGUCAAGAUGCGAGCGCAGGAUGUGCCCACCGAACGGCUGAGGGAUGGACCGGCCGCGGUCGAGUUUCGGUGGUUCUUGUGAAAACCUUUUGGAUUAUUUUAUUAUUCUGUCGCCUCGAAGGUUUUUAGUUUGGCUGAACAUAAUGACCAUGAUGAAGUUAUGCACAUCCCAGCAUCGCCCACAGUCCAGGGUUAGCACAUCGUAGGAGUUGGAAGAGCGACCCACAAAGCGGCACUGACGAAUUCAACCCGAGCAAAAAAGCCGACAUGCAGGGUCUCUGUACCGUACCCCAAUUCGGGCCCCAAAAUAAG